AUGCGUGAGAUCGUACACAUCCAGAUUGGCCAGUGUGGCAACCAGAUCGGAGCCAAGUUCUGGGAGGUGAUUGGCGAGGAGCAUGGGAUCGACUGGGCAGGGAGCUACUGCGGGGACAGUGCGCUGCAGCUGGAGAGGAUCAGCGUGUACUACAACGAGGCCCACGGCAAGAAGUAUGUGCCCCGAGCCGUCCUGGUGGACCUGGAACCCGGGACCAUGGACAGCAUCCGUUCCAGCCGACUGGGAGCCCUCUUCCAACCCGACAGCUUUGUUCACGGGAACUCCGGGGCCGGCAACAACUGGGCCAAGGGCUACUACACGGAGGGGGCGGAGCUGGUGGACGGCGUGCUGGACGCAGUGCGCGCAGAGGCCGAGGGCUGCGACUGCCUGCAGGGCUUCCAGCUCGUGCACUCGCUGGGCGGCGGCACGGGCUCCGGGAUGGGCACGCUGCUGCUGGGCAAGAUCCGCGAGGAGUACCCCGACCGCAUCCUCAACUCCUUCAGCGUGAUGCCCUCGCCCAAGGUGUCGGACACGGUGGUGGAGCCCUACAACGCCGUGCUGUCCCUGCACCAGCUCCUGCAGAACGCGGACGCCUGCUUCUGCAUCGACAACGAGGCCCUCUAUGACAUCUGCUUCCGCACCCUGCGGCUGAGCACGCCCACCUACGGCGACCUCAACCACCUGGUGUCCCUGACCAUGAGCGGCAUCACGACGUCGCUGCGCUUCCCGGGCCAGCUCAACGCCGACCUGCGCAAGCUGGCCGUGAACAUGGUGCCCUUCCCGCGCCUGCACUUCUUCAUGCCCGGCUUCGCGCCGCUCACGGCCCAGGGCAGCCAGCAGUACCGCGCACUCUCGGUGGCCGAGCUCACCCAGCAGAUGUUCGAUGCCCGCAACACCAUGGCCGCCUGCGACCCCCGCCGCGGCCGCUACCUGACCGUGGCCUGCAUCUUCCGGGGCAGGAUGUCCACCAGAGAGGUGGAUGAGCAGCUGCUGGCCGUGCAGACCAGGAACAGCAGCUGCUUCGUGGAGUGGAUCCCCAACAACGUCAAGGUGGCCGUGUGCGACAUCCCGCCCCGCGGGCUGAGCAUGGCGGCCACCUUCAUCGGCAACAACACGGCCAUCCAGGAGCUCUUCGGCAGGAUCUCUGAGCACUUCUCGGCCAUGUUCAAGAGGAAGGCCUUCGUGCACUGGUACACGGGCGAGGGGAUGGACAUUAAUGAAUUUGCCGAAGCGGAGAGUAAUAUCCUGGAUUUGGUGUCUGAGUACCAACAGUUCCAAGAUGCCAACGCAGUUCUGGAGGAGAAGGAGGAGGUGGGGGGGGAAGGCGGAAAUGGAACCAGGAGAUAAGGGACAUUAA